AUGGCUUUACUACUCUUCAUGUUGCAGCUUCAGGAGGUCAUACAGGGCUGCAAUCCAAGCAAUUUCUUCAUUCUGGAUCCUUACAGUUCACAAAGAGGAUCAAUGGUAAAUAAAGGUGAUGAUUCUGGAUUUUAUAGGUCCGGAUGGGUAUAUGGAAACCUAGUCUAA